UAAGGACAAGGGCAGAACAGGAAGCCACAAUGAGAGGUUUUCACUGUCCUGCUCUGCUGCUGCUGUGGGCUGUGUGUAGUGUGUUAGACGUGCAGGCUGACGUGAAGACAGUCAAGCUGUGCGGCCGAGAGUUCAUCCGUGCCAUCGUCUACACGUGUGGCGGCUCCAGGUGGAGGAGGUUCAGCAGUCCGCAGGAUAUGGAAGGGUUUUUAAAUGGAGAUCUAAACAGUGCUGAGGAUCUUAGCGAGAGUCUGGGAUCUGACCUGGCCAGGCGAGACCUGGACAAUGUUUGUUGUCAGUUUGGCUGCAAGAAAAGUGACCUCACAUUGCUCUGCUGAGAAAUGAAGUUUUUUCUGUUUGUCUCACCAUGUUUUCUUCCACAUCAAGUCCAAAUGAAUAUGAACACUUCUCAAGUGUACUCUAAGUGUACAGUCAGUUGUAAUUCAUUGAACAGCUUAAUUUGCCAGUAGAUGAUGCUAAUUUAGAUAAAAAGCAUGUCUAAUUUGGGAUUAGAUCAUCUAAGAUGCACCAUGAAAGAGGUUAAAUAUCAAGUCAUCAACAGCAGUGAAACUGCAUAAUGAAGUGCACAGCAGUGAUCAUGCAUUUAAAGUGUUUAAUUCUAACUUGUAUUUUGGAGACUUUGUCAAUAAACAUUAUUGCAUAUGCA